GCUCGUGUGUACGCGGCGAGCGACUCCGGGUGCGGCCUGUUUGUUUCCUACAGCUCCGGCAACCGCGACCCAGACGCCAGCUGCGGCCCAGCCGCCGCCUGAACAUGGACUCCGCCGGCCAAGACAUCAACCUGAAUUCUCCUAACAAAGGUCUGCUGUCUGACUCCAUGACCGAUGUCCCUGUCGACACAGGCGUGGCUGCCCGGACUCUUGCUGUCGAGGGCCUAACGGAGGCUGAGGAGGAGGAGCUCAGGGCCGAGCUCACCAAGGUGGAAGAGGAAAUUGUCACUCUGCGCCAGGUGCUGGCAGCCAAGGAGAGGCACUGCGGAGAGCUCAAAAGGAGGCUGGGCCUCUCCGCGUUGGGGGGUCUGAAGCAGAACCUGUCCAGGAGCUGGCAUGACGUGCAGGUCUCUAACGCCUAUGUGAAAACUUCUGAGAAACUUGGAGAGUGGAAUGAGAAAGUGACCCAGUCGGACCUCUACAAGAAGACUCAGGAAACUCUCUCACAGGCGGGACAGAAGACUUCAGCUGCCCUGUCCACGGUGGGCUCUGCCAUCAGCAGGAAGCUCGGAGACAUGAGUCUAAGGUUGUGGGUGACAGAGAGAACAGCAGUGACAACCUCCCCUCCCCAGCGGGGAAUGGCGACCAGCCCCUGUCGGAUCAUGCGCCUUUCUAAGCCUGCAGCAGCUUCGCCCAGCCACAGAACACAUGCGAGCACACCCUCCUCAUCACGGCCAAAAUCUGCGCUGCGCAGUGGAGUGACCCGUCCAGGGGAAUGGACAGAGCCGGCUGGAGGACAGUCGUGCCCGUCCACAUGGAGAUGUGGCUGUGCGUUCGCGUGGAUUGGAGGACACGGUCUUGUACACAGAUGUUUUACACUAAAGUUUGUAGACGAAACAGAUCACUGUGCCAUCCUUCCCAGGGUGCAGGAAGUGGACAGGGUGGGGCACUUGGAGGGGCAUCGAGCCAAAGCCCAGGCUCCCUUGGGCCUCCUGUUAGCUCAUCAGAAUGUCGAAGGGUUGAAGAGUCAUUUCUAUGAAAUAAGUGGCAUUUUCUGACCACCUCCUCCUUCCCUGACUCACAGAAGGAAUACAGUCACCCAGAAGCCCUGCCUGAUCAAAAUUUUUUAUCUCAAAAUGCUGAAUGGGGAAAUUAAUUACCACAGCAGCUGCCUGAUUGUUACACUAAUGAUCUAGCUUUAAUAAAAGCAAAUUCAUUAUUUUUUAAAUGCAGUGGACUUUGCAAAAUUAAAAUUAGGCAAACAACUUUAGCCUCAUAGUUAGAGAAUUUUAUUUCUUUGGACUCAAGCUGAAAUACAAGCCUUACAUUGCCUUAUGCUUUGUUUAUGGUUUUUUAUAUAUAAAAAUGUGGGUUCUUUAAUGGGUUGUGAGCACUGUGUGGAAUUUUAUGUCCAGCGCACGUGGCAGCCUUCCUGCCCAAUGGUGUGUUUUAUUUCACUAGCACACUCCGUCCCAGUGCAUAGAACCUGCUUCUCUCCAGGACUGCGGCAGCUCCCACUGGCUCCCAGCUCGGCCCUAAAGGGCUCCCAGGCCCCUGGGGAUGGGAGGGGGGAGAGUGGAAAAAGCCUCUGUCUUCAGGCGAAAUGUGCGCCCAUCACAGUGCUGCCUCGGCGGGGCCCGGCCCACUGGUCCCUGACUCCAGCCUGCCUGUUUACUGCACGUCGGAUGAAUGACAAGCAGAACCGACCCCACAGGUCAGGUCAGGCUGGAUGUUGGGAUCAGCCAGGACUCUGCUGCCACUUUUUCUCAAGAGCUACAAUGAUCUCUUCCCAGUUUUUAAAUUAUCACGCCCCACAGGCUCUCCCAUCAGGGCCCUGUGUGUCAGGAGGCGUGGUUUGGAGGGGCGGUUCCAUGCCUUAGUGGCUGCCAGCAGGGCACUGAGGCCUUGCCCGCUCUGCACUUCCUGGAGGGGAAGGGAUGCUGGGCUCGAGGUGUCCUCCGAUAACCAGUGUCCCAGGCCAUCUCGGACACUCCACACACGACAGUGCAGGGGCCAGGGAGGAGAGCUGCUUGGUAUGGCGGGGCGCGGUGAGAAGGCAGGCUGCAGGGGCGGGAAAUGAUGUAUCUUCUUAAAGCGAAUAAUGG